GUAGAGCGGAUCGCUGCGCGCGGCGUCGCUGGCGAAUGAACUGGAAGCGCCAAACGCUCCGCAGUGCUUGUUGUUGUUGUUGUUGUUGUUGUUGAUAUGCACAGGCAGCAGUAUCCUGCUGUGUGUUGAUCCUACGAGUGUGUGUGGGUGUGUGUGUCUGUGUGUAGCUCUUCGUUGUGUACGUGGGUGUACGUGUUCGGUGUGUCUGUGGAAUUGGAGUGUGCGAGCGUGCUGGUGUUUCCUGUGCGGGCGUGCCGGCCGCGAGGAUGUCCGCGUGCCGGUGCUACUAAGGUGCUGCUUCAGCGCCGCGGAGAAGCAGUCCGUUAGCCUGCUAUCCAACUACUAUCAGCGGCGAUCAUCCACAGCACACUCGCGAGCGACGCCAACAACCAUGACACUGGCUGGCGGAGGACGAAGGAAAGGACGGUGGCGCCAGUGGCCGCUGGCCCUUGCCACACUAGUGGUGUCCGCGCUCAGCUACCACGGUGGCACGGUAGCCCUGGAGGAGCUACGGUGUGAACGGAUCGCACUCGGUGCCUGCCAGAACCUCGAGUACAACAUGACGAUCGCUUCGGCCGACCAGCACGAGCCGCUGCUGUUCGGUGGCGAGCUGCCACAUCCGGACAAUGGUACCGCCCGGGUGCGAUGGGUCAGUGCAGAGCGCCUGGUUAGUUCGUUGCGUCCGAUCAUCCGGUCCGGUUGCUCCAAGCAGGCCCUCUUCCUGUUCUGCUCGUCCCUGUUUCCGCUCUGCUCACCGAACGCACCGCGGCCGGUCUACCCGUGCCGGUCACUGUGCGAGCAGGUGCGACGCGACUGCUUCAACGAUCCGGUCAGCGCGAAACUGUGGCCGGACUACCUCGACUGCCGUUUGCUGCCACAACCGGAGAAGCACGAGCUGUGUAUGCAGGUCGGUUCAGCAGCGGAUGCUGCUGCCUCGGGACCGGCGACCAGUCAACCAGCGGUCCCUACGGUCGUUACGGAGGUCCCCCUACUGGCCGGUCAAUCGCAGCCGGCGUCGGCAUCGUCUUUGGCGACACCGCCACCCGUUCAACCACCGUCUGUUGUCGCGACCGGUUCAGCCAUCGUCAAUGGGUGGCCUCCGCUGAACCUGAGCUCGUUUCUGAAGCAUCACAACCACAACACCCAUCAAAACGUCAAUCACCUCAACCAGCAGCAACCAGCAACAGUGGGAAAGGCCCCGGAACAGCCGGGUUGGCUUGGCGGUGGCUCACUCGUGCUACCAUCGGAGGAUGGACGGCGGACGACGGAGCUACUGUUGGAACGGUCUGGUGGUGCGCCCGGUUGGCCCUGUCCGGUGAACUACAGCCUCGAGUAUGAUCGGUGCGUGCCGCGGUGUGGUCCCGCGAUCGAUGCCCUGUACAGCCGGGCCCAGAAGGAGCUGGUCGAGUGGUGGACGCUCGUCCUGUCCGCCAGUUGCUUCAUCUUCACGCUGAUGUCGCUGGUGACGUUCUGGGCUCGGGCAAACGGCCGUCUCGACUAUCCGGACCGGCCGAUCCUGUUCAUGGUGCUCUGCUACAAUCUGCUCGGUUUGUGCUACCUCGAGCGUACCAUCCUGCACCAGGGCGGUGACCACCGGUUACAGACGGAGGUGCGAACAGGCGGCGGCGACGCAACACCAGCAUCAGCAGCAGGUGGGGGAGUGAGCAGCACCCUCGACCUAGCACUCAUGCUGAUACCUUCGGCGACUUCGGACUCGGUUACUGGCGGUGACGUUUCGGCGGCGGCGACCGCUGCUGCUGCUGCUGCUGCUGCUGCUGUUGUCGACUGUACCAUCGCCAGCUCGCAGUGCCUGGCGUACUACAUCAUCAAGCACUACUUGCUACUGAGUGCCAGCACCUGGUGGUUGAUCUUUGCCCUCUGCUGGUACCUCAGCACGGCCAAGCAGUGGUCGAGCGAGGCGCUCGAGCGGCGCUCCGGUCUGUUUCACGUCCUUGCCUGGGUCGUACCAUUCGCCGUCCCGAUCGUGGCGCUGCUCCGCGGCAACAUCCAGCGCUUCGAGCUUACCGGCUUCUGUACGGCGAUCGGGCUGGCCGAGGAGCUGCCGGCGCUGGUACUGCUGCUGAGCGGGGCGGUCCUGGUGCUGCUGGCCCUGUGUGCGCUCGGCCGACUGCGGACCGGCUGGAAUCAGCGGGCCCACCUGUCGCGCCUCUUUGCCCACGUGCUGACGUUCGCCGUCUGCUACCUGGUACCGGCGGUGGCGGCCACCGUCUGUCGGAUGCUCGAGCGUGUCGAGCACGAGCUGGAACCGUGCCUGGUGGCCGGGGUCGGGGCCGCCGGACGGUGUCCCCGGACAGCCGGCUACUUCUCCACCCUGCCGACGCUACUUCGGCUCGCCCUUACCCUGCUCGGGGGUGGUGGCGUCGCUAUCUGGCUCUGGGUGCGCCAAUCGACCGAUCUCACCAGCGGUACCGGUAACAGCGCCCUUCCGAAAGGGUGCACUACCUCUGGUUACGGUUACUGUUCGCCAAUUAACACCACCGUUGCUCCGACGACCGAUCGAUGUUCGAUUCGGAAGGUCGGACCCGGCACCACCGGUACGGUGCGGACGCCUUCACGCUGCUCCAGUGCUGCUCCGGCUGCUGCUCCGGCUGCUGCUGCUGCGCCAUCAUUGCGGACUACUCGGACAGCAAGCUCACAGCAGGCGACCACGCGCACCUAUACAACCACACGGGCUCCUUUCGCGGUGCAGCACCAGCCAGCCAGGGCUGGCCGCUCGCUGGAUGGUGCGGCCAAGACGCACAAGUACUGCUACGUGUACCAGCCGACGCACGGCAUCCCCAACGAUCUCCAUACAGCACGGUCCGCACCGCAAUGUGCUGCGGCUCGAACGCAGCAGCAGCGACAGUCGCAGACGCCAGCUGGCUACGUGCCGGUGCGCACCGUUCGCAGAAGCUUUCGCCCGGUGGGGCCACUCUCGAUGAUAACGAGGAUUUGAGCGAUGUGAAUGAAAGGGAAAUGAACAAGGGGCAACGAUGUGGGUUUAUUUAGUAAGUAAAAUGGAAAAGAGAACUCGGAAGAGAGUCGGUCGGGAGAACCGAAGAAACGGUUCGGAAGGAUACCGAAUCAUGCCAGCGGUGGCCAGCUUUAACUAGUGGAUAGUGUUUGGAGUGUAGUGUAGGUUCGGGGGCGAUAGUGUUGUAGCAUAGCUCGUAAGGUGAAAAACAAGCAACCCACUGAACACUCAUGUUAUACGUUAUGCUCCAUCUCUCGUUAGCACGCUAAGGUCUCGUCUUUUUAAAUGAAUAAAACACCCAGAACGGAA